AAAGAACAACCCGGUUGUCCCUAGAAAUGGCUUGACUCAAAAAGCCAGAAUCUGUUAUUUAUGUAAAUUUUUGGAAGUGUUACAGUCAUGUCACCCGAACAAUUAAAAUAGAAUUUGUUGGGGACUGCAAAUAGCAAGAAACCUUUCUGGGUAAUAAGGCCUGAUCUUGUUAAUGGCGAUAUCAGCAAUUAUUCUGUAGAAUUCCUGCGAACCAAAGAAAGAGGUUUAUUAGCGAGUUGGUCCCUCCAAGAAGAAGUUAAUACUGAGACAUCCUUCAUUGGAGGGUUUUUGACUCAUAAUGGAUGGAACUCAAACGUUUAGAGAAGUUUGUGCGGUGGGUGUGCCUUUUGAUUUUGUUGGCCAUUUUUUUCGCAGAGCAAACAAACAAAUGCUGGUUUUUGUUGUAAUAAGUGGAAAAUUGGUAUUGAAUAGAAAAAGAAUGUUAAAAGAAAUGAGAUUGAAAGAUUAAGUUCAGGAAGCUUGAAUUGA